CCCUGCAUCUCAGCGCGAGAGCAUCAGUCAGACGCCGCCUGGACGACACGCCCGGACCCGAGCCGACGGACCGGACCAGACCGGAUCGAUGCAGGCUUCGUGUGCUUCUUGCUGACUCUUGUCGUCGGUGGACACUCAAUAAACAAGCAGUGGUUGCUCGCUAACCUUUUCCCGCGCCUGGCUUUUCUCGUCUGGACGCUUCCCACCCAGUCACAAAAUGGCGGACAUGACAGAUCUGCGACCCUCCUACGCCAUGUCUCCCGUCCUGGCGGGCUUCCUUGGAGCGGGCGUCCUGGUUCUGGUGGUGAUUGUGGUGAUCCUGCUGUGGUCCUUCUGCCAGCGUCGUUACCUGCACGCGUCGGGGCGCUACAAGCUGCACGGCGACCGCUACUGCGACGCUGAGGACCCGCCUUACAAGUUCAUCCACAUGCUGAAGGGCAUCAGCAUUUACCCAGAGUCCCUCAGCAGCAGCAAAAGGAUUGUGCGCAGCGCCAGGCGUACCGAGCGGGAUGGAGAGCGAGGGUGUGUGUCGGCCGGCGGGAGGGGCCUGGUGCUGGUGGACGCGGAGAACAACAUCCUGGAUGUCCCGGGUCAGCUGCAGAUGAGUCACCUGGUGGCCCCCGCCGGAUCAGGCCACGCCCACACAGAGCGAGCGCUACCGGUCCGCGCCGACUACUGCUGCCUGGACAGCAGCUCGGCCAGCAGCAGCCAGACCAGCAGCAAGACCGCUUCGCCUUUCACGCCCGCCUCCUCCGAGCCCGAGCCCGAGCCAGAGGCCAGCCUGGGCGCCGUCAGCCUCACCGUGGACUACAACUUCCCCAAGAAGGCGCUGGUCGUCACCAUCGUCGGGGCCCGGGGCCUCCCCGCCAUGGACGAGCAAGCCGGCAGCUCCGACCCGUAUGUGAAGAUGACCAUCCUGCCGGAGAAAAAGCACCGCGUCAAGACCCGCGUGCUGAGGAAGACUCUGGACCCGCUCUUCGAUGAGACCUUCACUUUCUACGGCGUGGCCUACAGCUCGCUGCCAGAGCUCACGCUGCACUUCCUGGUCCUCAGCUUCGACCGCUUCGCUCGCGACGAUGUCAUCGGGGAGGCGGUGGUGCCGCUGAAGGGUGUGGACCCGAGUACGGGCCGAGUCCACCUGAGCCAGCAAAUCACCAAGAGGAACAUGCAGUGCGAAAGCCGUGGCGAGCUGCAGGCGUCGUUGACGUACCAGCCGGUGUCUCACCGUCUCAGCGUGGGGGUUCUGAAGGCUCGACACCUGCCCAAGAUGGACAUAGCCGGCCUGUCUGCCAACCCCUACGUGAAAGUCAACGUCUUCUACGGCCGCAAGCGCAUCGCUAAAAAGAAGACCCACGUGAAGAAGUGCACGCUGAACCCGGUCUUCAACGAGUCCUUCAUCUACGACAUCCCGCCCGAGCUGCUGCCAGAGAUCUCGGUGGAGUUCCUGGUGGUCGACUUCGACCGCACUGCCAAGAACGAAGUCCUCGGCCGCCUGGUGCUCGGCCUCCAAAGCCCCGCUCCUACCGGCUCCUCCCACUGGCGGGAAGUCUGUGAGAACCCGCGUCGGCAGAUCUCCAAAUGGCACACCCUGAGCGAGUACUGAGGACCACGCUGGGACUGGACCAGCGAAGACUCCUGGAACUAGACUAAUCCAAUGUACAGCACACACACACACACGCACACACAUACACACACACACACACACACACACACAAUGUGAUGCUAGUUAUUAAACACUACUAUUAUCGUCAACAUGUGCAUCUGCUAAGAAAAUGCUGAGCUUUUGAAAAAGAAAACCGACGUUUGUGACGUCUCGCCUCUUGUGUGUGUAAAGCUAAGUAUAAGACCCUCCUCCCAUCCCCUCCCCCCGUGGUUGUCACGGAGACUGCAUGUGUUUGUGAAGAACUAAACGAACUAAGAAGCUUCCGUCAUGCUGUGGUGGUCUCAGAGGUGAGUUAGCGUACAGGUAACCCGCGCGUGUGUGUUUUUUGCAGCAUGAAUGUUUGAUUUGUUUUUUGUUGCUUUGUGUCGCUACCAAGAUCUUCUGGAGGCCCCAGUGUCCACUCCCCGCCCUCCUGUCAGUCGCCAGGGCGUGUUGAGCCUGGCUGUCCAUCAAAGCAACAACGCUAGUAAGAAUGCUAAGCUAACCACAUGGUCACAGUUGGUGCGAGCGACCCACAUUGCAAGGUACCCCACGGCAAAGCUCUCGACCUCAUAUUAUGAAAUGGGACUUUAUUGUCCUUGCACUUGACAAGGGCAACAGACUUAUUGACAAAUCCGCCCAAGAUCAGACGUACAGUUGCAGGGACAACAGAACGGGAAGGCUGAUGGAUAGGAAAGUCCCUAACUUUUGGGGUUGCUCAGUUCGACACCAGGAAAAAACCUCAAGCAAAGCAAAUGCACGUAUAGAUUUGAAGGGUCUUUGCUCCACUGUCCUUUGGGGGGGGGGGUCUCGUCACAACGACCUUACCAUGUCGUUCCAGCCAGAGAAAACAAUACAGUUUAAAAUGUUUGCGUUUGAACGAGCGAGAACAAAUAAGAAUUUUCCUCGCCCUUCAAUUUAUCAUAACUUCGCCUUGCAGAGCGGACAGCUUUUCCAAGAUGUUAUCCAGUUUGCAAUUUUGCCCAGAAACCACAAAAGUCUGAGUGCUUACAGCUCUGCUGGAUUCCGAAUUGGUCAAUACAGCAGAGCAACGCUUACUCCAAUCAGCAGAUGUCCUCUCGCCUUUCCAAAUAGGUAGACGUCCUCGACUAGAAGGCCCCGUUUACACUGCACUUCAAAUCUGAUUUUUGUUUUUGUUUGCCUUCAAGUGACACCAAUUUUUCGCCAGUCUAAACGGAUCAGACCUGAUCUUUUCGCUUCAGAUUCAGUCCACGUCAAGAAGUAGUCCAAAUCCAGUUGGAAUGCAAUCUUUUCAAAUGUGACUUGGCGACUUUCACGUCAUCUUUGGGUGAGCUGCAUCAUUCAUGUGCACGGGCAAAGACACAGCCCGCCAACCUAAGCGACUACGUGCUCACAACAUCCGGUUUCUGGAAGCAAAGUAUUUUUUCGGCGGCCAAAUUUUAAAUAACAAAUGAUAGGCUAUAUUUAAUAUAAUAAAUACUUUUAAGUUCAAUGAAAAAGUGAUUGUUGUAGGGCCGGAAUUGAUGUGUACGCUGUCCCGUAUUUGCUUACAUGUUACGUACAUUGCGUAAGUUGUUUACGUAAGGGAGUUGAAAAAUUAAGCUAAUGUAGAUCCAAGCUGAUGUCUGUGCCUCCAUUACUUAACAACCAUAAAAAGUUUAGAACCCUCCCAAAUAUAUUACACUAUGUAUAUAUAUACAGUAUAUACAUAGGAAUUCAUACAUUAUAUUACUUAGAUUUAUUUUCACGUAAAUACCACUCCUUUUUUAACGUGUGGCGACUUUUAUUUUAUUUUGUAGUAGUGACUUCCUUGUUCAUUUACAAAAUCCGGUCAACUUCCUAUGUUUUAAAUUUAAGUCGGACUGCGCAUGCAAGUGACAUCGAGGCCACUUGCAUGCCUCGAUGGGGGCCGGUGGACGUUUAUACUACAGUCUGGUUUAUAUCACUUUUUAUUUGCAGUGUAAACAGUCAGCUUGGGGAAAAAAAUUAUUUUGAAAAAAUUUGAUUGGGGCCACUUUGGCCUGCGGUGUAAACAUAGUCAAAGAGUCGCAAGGCACACAACACUCCACUUCUCCCAAAAGCUCAUUGUUGGUCUAGCACAGGGGUCACCUACCUUUUUGAAACCAAGAGCUACUUCUUGGGUACUGAUUAAUGCGAAGGGCUACCAGUUUGAUACACACUUUAAAAAAUUGCCAAAAAUAGCCAAUUUUCUCAAUUUACCUUUAAUAAAUAAAUCUAUAUACCGGUAUAUAUAAAAAAAAUGAUUAUUUCUGUCUGUCAUUCCGUCGUACAUUUUUUUUUCCUUUUACGGAAGGUUUUUUGUACAGAAUAAAUGAUGAAAAAACACUUAAUUGAAUGGUUUAAAAGAGGAGAAAACAGGGAAAAAAAUGAAAACAUCUUCAAUUUCGACUCUUUAAUAUUCAACUGAAUAAAAGAAGAGAAAAACUAGUUAACUUGAAUCUUUUUUUUAAAAAAAAAAGAAUUUAUGGAACAUCAUUAGUCAUUUUUCCUGAUUAAAAUUAAUUUUAGAUAUUUGAUGACAUGUUUUAAAUAGGUUAAAAUCCAAUCUGCAUUUUGUUAGAAUAUAUAACAAAUUGGACCAAGCUAUAUUUCUAACAAAUCAUUUCUUCUAGAUUUUCCAGAACAAAAAUUUUAAAAGAAAUUCAAAAGACUUUGAAAUAAGAUUUAAAUUUGAUUCUAAAGAUUUUCUAGAUUUGCCGGAAUAAUUUUUUUGAAUUUUAAUCAUAAUAAGUUUGAAGAAAUAUUUCACAAAUAUUCUUCAUCGAAAAAAGAGAAGAUAAAAUGAAGAAUUAAAUUAAAAUGUGUUUAUUACUCUUUACAAUAAAAAAGAUAAAUUUACUUGAACAAUGACUUAAAUUUUCAGGAAAGAAGAGGCAGGAAGGUAAAAAGGUAUAUGUGUUUAAAAAUCCUAAAAUCAUUUUUAAGGUUGUAUUUUUUUCUCUAAAAUUGUCUUUCUGAAAGUUAGAAGAAGAAAAGUAAAAAAAUAAAUGAAUUUAUUUAAACAAGUGAAGACCAAGUCUUUAAAAUAUAUUCUUGGAUUUUCAAAUUCUAUUUGAGUUUUGUCUCUCUUAGAAUUAAAAAUGUCGACCAAAAGCGAGACCAACUUGCUAGUAAAUAAAUAAAAUUUAAGAAAUAGAGGCAGCUCACUGGUAAGUGUUGCUAUUUGAGCUAUUUUUAGAACAGGCCAGCGGGCGACUCCUCUGGUCCUUACGGGCGACCUGAUGCCCGCGGGCACCGCGUUGGUGACCCCUGGUCUAGCAAGAACUGUUCCAUCAAGACAGGCAGGUUCCUCCGAACCCGAUCUUCUUGUCAAUUCCGUUGUUUAGAGUUUGGAGAGCCGGGCAAAAAGAGGCUCCAAGACAAGCAAAACAAAAGCAGGAGAGAUAGGGGAGAGGGUAGGAAAAGCAUUCGCCUUCGAUGAGAGCCAGAGAGUAGAUAUUUCUUUCACAUCUUUCUGUCAUGAUGAUGAUGUCAUUGUUUAUUGUUAAGUCACAACUUCAGCCAACAUACUUUCUUGAUAUCCUGCCAGCUGGCGGCGCUGUUGUCCCCAGAAAAGCACACAUGGUGUUGAUCCGGUGCGCUCGUGAACACGCACACAUGUCCAACCUUGGUCUACCGGUUUUUAACAUCACCUUUUUUUUUUUACUUAUAUUCCAACAUUUUGCUCUUUAUUACCAUUUUUCUUGGUAAUGAUAUUUUGGAACCCUUAAGUACCCGUGAGCUGCAAAUUGGAGAGCUGCAGUUUGGACACCCCUGCCACAAUGUAACGUUUUGAAAGUCGUGUGACCUGACCUUGCAUCGCUCGUAGCUAACAGGAAGUAGCCGACAUCCCAGUGUCCACCGGACAGACCGCGAAAGCUCCUCCCAUCAAUCUGUGGCGUGAACGAUGCGUCACGGAGACUGUAGAUUUUGUACAGACUUCCUGUUUGAUGAACGUUUCCCUGCUGUAGACCUGAAUGAUGCUAACCUUCCUUUGACGUGCAAAUAAAAGAAGUUAGCCUGA